UGGUAUGUGGAGUGAGUAGAAAAUUUCUUAAUAAAGAAAAAAAAUUGAAAUGAAAAAAAAAAGAUGGCUCUGAACUUAGAGGUUUUCAAACCCUCUGUGGUCACUGAUUGCUAGGCAGUCCGCGAUGUAGAAGGUUCUGUGGAAGCUGCUGUUACUUUCCAGAAACUUCCGUUCUCACAAGGCUUGACAACGGCUGGCAAUUACAUUUCCCCCUUUUGCAGUUCUUUUGCGUUUAGGUUGAUUUCCGCAGGACAGUGAAACACCCUCUCCCAUCCCACCUUGGCAGAAGAGAAAAGUGUGUGUGAAGUUGCUGUAAUUAAAAAACAUUUUGCACUAUCAAAAUGUAAAACAUUUCUUAGCUCCGUUUAUUUCCUUUCCGGUACACCACAUUUCCUGUCACAAAUUUCUAACUCUCUUUCUCCCAGAAGCAGAUUUUAUUUGCUGAAAGGAUGGAUAUAUUAAAGAUUGAUGGAUCAGGCAACAACAAAUCACUGGCAAGCUGGGCGGAGCCUCCAAGUCAGCUGGUUUGAAAACACGCUUACUACAAACCUUCGGUUUGCAAACCUCUUCGUUCAUUCAAGGUUUGCUUCACCAGGAAGAUACAAUUGCGGCAAAGCCUUCAUGAGAAUGUUAACUGCAGACUCCACCUUGCCAGGUGGCGAGGGAGAAAACCUGCACACCUGUAGUGGCCCACCUCCAUGUCUACCCAGGACCCUUAAACAGACUGAAGAAGCCACCCUGCUUAUGGGAGAGCCAGAAGUGUCGGUGUCUAUUGCUGCCCCUGACUUUGAGUCCUGUCUAGGCCCUCCAGGUGCCAGCAAGUCACAUACUCCUCUGGGUAAAAAGCUCCAAGGAAAAUUUCACAGAAUCGUCAACUCUGUGUCUCCUGAUAAGUGUCUCUGCUGGUCUGCAGUGAUCAUCAUCAUCAUCAUCAUCAUCAUCAUCAUCAUCAUCAUCAUUGUUGUGGUGCCUGUAGCUCUAGUUGCACAGUCCGAUGCUUUGUCAUUGUCAGGAGGAGAGAAUGAAAAUAACCAUACUGCUUGCCCAAGUGACUGGAUUGGAAAUGGGAGUAAAUGUUUCUAUUUUUCUGAAGACCUAAGAAACUGGCUAUCCAGCCAGAAAUUCUGUAUGGAACAAAAUGCCCAUCUAGCUCGAUUUGACAGCAUGGAGGAGCUGGAUUUCUUAAAGAGACACAGGAAUGAUUCUGCCCACUGGAUUGGCCUGCACAGGAAGUCAUCAAAGCAUUCUUGGAGGUGGACAGACAACACUGAAUAUAACAACUUGGUUUCCAUUCGAGGAGAAGGAGAAUAUGCCUACCUGAUUGAUAAGAAAAUCAGCAGUGGCAGGGACCAAACAACUAGGAAGUGGAUUUGCAGCAUGCCCAAGAACUAUACUUUGUAGUGCCCAGAAGUUUCAUAGCUUGUGUCAAAGCAAUCAUGAGAGACCUGUAACAUGUUAUCUACUGUCCGUGACUCAUUUCUUUAUCUUCUAAAAUUAUCAAAAUCAAUUCAUAAUCUGUGGUGAUAUCCAAGAUGAAACUAUCAUAGACAACUAUACUUAUGGGUGUUUGGGAGUCUAGGAGAGAUUCUAAAUUAAAUUCAGUGCUUUGGUAUGAGUUGGUACUCAUAUCUUAAACGUGAAUAGCAAUCCUGUCAGCAUUAGUGACCUCCACUUUUAUGACCAGAUAUGAUUUUUUCCAUUAGUUCUUCCUUUGAAUGACUGAGACCUUAAAAAAAUGAAGGGAGGACAGGAUUGAGCCAAGAUGGCUGCAGCACACAUGGCUGCUGUAGAGGGCUGGAGGGGGAGGCUUCCUCCUGCACCCUUCCCCCACAGCUCUGGGUAUCCUGUACCAGGCCAUAUCACUGGUCUGCAUCCACCAAGGAGGAGCCUCACACACCAAUGCCUCAGCCUCUGCAACCCAAGCCAAAGCCCGAGUGGUGUCCUGCUGUUAGAAAAUCAUGGAAGAGUGUCAGAGAGAAUGGUUGUAUCUCUGGUAAAUGUGCCCUGGCAUGUAUGGAGUAUCUGUUGUCAGAACCUUUUAAAAAAUGUUUGAAGAUUGAUUCAAGAUGUUGGUUUGUAGGGUGAGUUCUUGGUCCCAGUGGAAACACCACUGCUGUGGAGCUGCCCUCAGGCCACAGGUACAAUGAUCAUACCUACUGAGUCAGCAGGACGGCCUUCACCAAAGACAGAGAGAAGUGCAGAGGCCUGGAGCUGUAGUGGAUCCUGCCUCAGAUACCCUGACCAGCCGAAAGAUCACCCUGUCUCUGGGCAACCACAGGAUAUCCCAGACCAGACUCAGUGAUAGUCUACAAUCACCCUGGCUCUGAGCAACAUCAGGAUGUCUGUGAUGGAGAAUAGUUCAUUUUCUGGGUUGAGCCUCCUCAGGAAACCUGGCACUGGCAUGGUGGUAAGCAGCAGCCUGGAUCUCUUGCUACCUCUGCCCACAUUGCACUACCCAGCUCCACGACCACCCUGACUCUCAGCAACGGUGGGAUGUCCAAGAUGGAGAAUGGUUCAUUUUCUGGAUUGGGCCUUCUCAAAAAAUCUCCAUGAUGUGUGCUACCACCAGACUCCAUGGUGCUUUACGUGGUCCGUGCUACAGCUGGGGCUCUUCUGGUGUCAUGGUUCUGUCUGCUGCUGCAGGCUGUGUUGAUACCCAUGGAGCAUGUUAUUACUGGAGACCAAUCGGGCAUCCCUGGUCUGUGCUCUCGCCUGGGGCUGUGUUGAUGUUGGUAUCUGUGCUGUCCCCCAAGGCCAUGCUCCUGUCCACAGUCUGAGAUGCUUCUGGAGGCCAUGUAGAUUAGCAUAGUUCCUGUUACCUGUAAGGGCCCUGUUGGCCUCUGUGGUUUGUGCUGCCACUGGUGGCCAUAUUGAUAUUCAUGGUUUGGUUCAUGUUCUGUGCUGCCAAAGUUGAUAUCAAGUCAUGUUGACAUCCCUUGUUCAUGAUGCUAUUGGGGGUCAUGCUGAUAUCAGUGAUUUGUGCUACUGCCUGAGGCCUUUAUUAUGUCCAUAGUCUAUGUUACCUUGAAGCUCAUGUUGCUGCCCCUGGUCCUAGCUACCACCAGAGACCUUGUUUGAUGUCUGUGGUCUAUGUUGCCACCAGAGGCCAUAUUGGUGUCACUGAUCCAUGAUUCAGUCUUAGACCAUGUUGAUAUUCUUCAUCCAUACUACCUCCAGAAGACUAGCGGAUGUCUAUGACCCUGACUGCUGUCUGAGGCCGUGUUGAUGUUCAUUGACCAUGCUGCUGCUGAAAGCCAUAUUGAUGUCUGUGAUCCGUGUUACAUCUAGAGGCCAUGUGGAUGUCUAUGAUCUAUGCUGCAAACUGAGGCUAUAUCAAUGUCUGUGGUCCAUCCUGACACUGGGGCCCAUGUAGGUGUCUAUAGUUUUUGUUGCUGCCAGAGGCCAUGUUUAUAUGUUUGGCCUGUGUUGCAGCCUGAGGCCACAUUGAUUUUAGGUGCCUGUGAAUCCAGCUCCCAAGACACUACCCAGGGUAACUCAGGGAAGACUUCUCAAGAGCAAGGAUAGAUAGAUUUCUAUAAUAACUUCACACAUGAUCCGUUUGGAUCAUGUUCUUUGUUCUUCUUCAGUCUAAUUCUUUACAACUCUAGUUCUCCUCUGUUAUAUAUGGCUAUAUACAUAUUUUUCAGGAGGAUUUUUUCAGUAAUAAAAAGAGUUCCAAAGCUACCUCUGAAGGUCAUAGCACAUUUCUUGAGUGAACAGUAAGGGCCAGAUCCACUUACCAUGGCAACACAAUGUUUCAAGAUUUCUUGUGUAUCAACUGUGACCUGAGGCCAGGGCACGGUGCCUGGUGAGACAGGCUGCUGAGAGAUCUGCACAGGGAGUCAGGUCUUUAUCGUCAGACUUGGCAAGUGAAGAAUUGACAUAGUAUUUCAGGUUGCUUUGUUUUUAUAAUCUUGGUUAGACAUCUGCAUCUCUGGUCUUGUGCAUAUCUGUAAAGUUUUAUGCUUAUGAUCCAUUUACAGAAAUAUUCAGUCUAGUUUGAAACUGCUCUGAGGUUUAAAAUCAGCAAAAUGUAUAUAGCUUGUUGUAGACUGGGGAAAUAUUCUUAUGUUAGUCUGAGUUAAAGGAACAAAGUAGGCUUUUACGUCUCUUACAGUCCUCGUGGGACAAUAGAUCUAGUUAUGAAGCAUAUCCUAGCAUAUUCUAUUCAUCAAAAUUAUACAUCUUAAGUAGAAAUCAUCUUUCUGACCAUCUACAGCUGUAUGUGUGCCCAGCAGAUGGAAUAUAUUCACGAGAUAAACACACAAGCUUGGGGAGAACACCCCUAGCACUUUUUAGGGAAGAGAUAUAGUGACACAUGAGAAAAAUUACAAGACAGAAGCAACCAGUCAUUUACAGUCAGUGAUGCCAUGGCCUUUCUAAGUAGGACUUCCCAUUAGGGAGUUAUUCAUCCAGUGGUUUGACCUGCUGAACACUAGUUGUCACCUACUGUAUACUCCCACAGCCUCCAACACCUCCCCCUUUUUCUUUUAAUAAAAAAAGCAUGUUAAUCUA